AUGCUGUCGCCGUCACUCCUGCGCGCCGGGACUCCCAGGGCCCUGGCCGCGAGCCGGGCACUGCCAUUGAGGAAUCAGCUUCGUCUCUUCUCAACUUCGCCUCGCCGCUACGCUGAUGAGCAGCUCAACAAGGUGUCGGCCCACAUCACCCAACCCAAGUCGCAGGGCGCCUCGCAGGCUAUGCUCUACGCAACGGGCUUGAAGGAGGAAGACAUGUCCAAGGCCCAGGUUGGCAUCUCGUCAGUCUGGUACGAGGGAAACCCGUGCAACAUGCAUCUCCUCGAUCUCUCAACCCUCGUGCGUGAGAGUGUCGCCAAAGCUGGCCUCAUCCCCAUGCGCUUCAACACGAUCGGCGUCUCGGACGCCAUUAGCAUGGGAACCACAGGCAUGCGCUACAGCUUGCAGAGCCGAGAGAUUAUCGCCGACAGCAUUGAGACGGUCAUGCAGGGGCAGUGGUACGAUGCCAACAUCUCGCUGCCGGGCUGCGACAAGAACAUGCCUGGCGUGUUGAUUGCCAUGGGCCGUGUCAACAGGCCCAGCAUCAUGGUGUACGGUGGCACCAUCAAGCCGGGCUGCAGCAUGAAGGGCGAGUCGAUCGACAUUGUCAGCGCCUUCCAGGCAUACGGCCAGUACAUCGCCGGCGAGAUCGAUGAGAAGCAGCGCUUUGACAUUAUCCGCAAUGCCUGCCCCGGAGGCGGCGCAUGCGGUGGCAUGUACACUGCAAACACCAUGGCGACCGCCAUCGAGACUCUGGGCAUGACCCUUCCCGGCAGCAGCAGCUCUCCGGCAGAGGACCCGAGCAAGAAGGCCGAGUGUGAGAGCGUCGGCGAGGCUAUCAAGAACCUUCUCCGAGAGGACAUCCGCCCCAAGGACAUCCUGACUCGGCAGGCGUUCGAGAAUGCCAUGAUCGUCGUCAACAUCCUCGGUGGCAGCACCAACGCUGUGCUGCAUCUCAUCGCCAUUGCCGACUCUGUCGGCGUCAAGCUCACCAUUGACGAUUUCCAGGCCGUAUCCGACAGAACUCCCCUGCUGGCCGACUUGAAGCCUUCUGGUAAGUACGUCAUGGAAGACCUGUACCGGAUCGGCGGCACGCCCGCCCUGCUCAAGUACCUGCUGAAGGAGGGCGUCAUUGAUGGCUCUGGCAUCACCGUCACCGGCAAGACUAUGAAGCAGAACGUGGAGAACUGCCCAAGCUUCCCUGAUGACCAGCCCAUCAUCCGCCCGAUGAGCAACCCGAUCAAGCCCACGGGCCACAUCCAAAUCCUGCGCGGCUCGCUCGCCCCCGGCGGCUCGGUCGGCAAGAUCACAGGGAAAGAGGGUCUGCGCUUCGAAGGCUCGGCCAAGGUCUACGACUACGAGGAUGCCUUCAUCGAGGCGCUUGAGCGCGGCGAGAUUAAGAAGGGCGAGAAAACGGUUGUGGUCAUCCGGUACGAAGGCCCCAAGGGCGGUCCCGGCAUGCCCGAAAUGCUCAAGCCCAGCUCUGCCAUCAUGGGCUACGGCCUCGGCAAGGACGUCGCCCUCAUCACCGACGGCCGCUUUUCUGGCGGCAGCCACGGCUUCCUGAUCGGUCACAUUGUUCCCGAGGCUAUGGAGGGCGGCCCGAUUGGAUUGGUCAAGGACGGUGACAAGAUUAUUAUCGACGGUGAGAAGCGUGUGCUUGAUUUGGAAGUCUCGCCCGAGGAACUUGAGAAGAGGAGGAAAGAGUGGAAGGCUCCCGAGCCCAGAGCGAAGAAGGGCACUCUGGCUAAGUACGCCAAGCUGGUUAGCGAUGCGAGCCACGGGUGCGUGACGGAUAGCGCUUAG